AUGGCCCCGCUACCUGCUGAACGAGUCACCGCCAAUAGACCAUUCAAUUUAACUGGCUUGGACUUUGCUGGUCCUUUCUCAUGCAAAACAUCUUUAUUGAAACGCACACAAACAACAAAAGGUUAUCUGUGCAUAUUUGUAUGUUUGACCACCAAAGCUACUCAUCUAGAGUUCCUGUCCUCGAUGUCUGUCAACAACUUCAUCGCCGCUCUACACCGAUUUAUUGCCCGCAGAGGUGCGCCGCACACUCUGUUUUCAGACAACGCUAAGACUUUCACAUCCGCCGCAAGAAAAAUGUAUGAGUUAGAAAAACUCUUGAAGACGAUGCCCUCUGAAGUGAAGUGCUUUCUGUCUAACUACGGCAUAAACUGGAAGUUCAUUCCCCCUUAUGCUCCGCAUCAAGGAGGCAUAUGGGAAGCCGCCAUCAAAUCUGCCAAAACACUGCUACACCGCUGUAUUGGGGACACAGCUCUUACAUACGAAGAGUAUGACACCAUUUUCGUUAGAAUUGAAAGUAUUCUAAAUAGUCGACCACUUACAGAAUUGUCCUCUGAACCUGCUGAAGCUGCCUCCGUGCUCACUCCCGGGCACUUCCUAAUUGGUAGACCUCUGGUCCAAGGAGUACCUAUGCACCUUGAUCAAUCGCACAAAAUGGAAAACUGCUGA